AUGGCUUGCACUGAAGCUCAGAAGGUGCAGUUUGGUACUCAUAUGUUGUCAGAAGAGGUCGGAGGCUGGUGGAAAAAUGUGCGUCAAAGACUAGAGAUUAUUGGUGCUGAAAUUACUUGGGUUGUGUUCAUAACUAAAUUUUUAAAGAAGUAUUUUCCAGAGGAUGUGCGCAGCAAGAAGGAAAUCGAAUUCCUCGAGCUAAAGCAUGGAAAUAUGAUAGUUGUUGAGUAUGCUGCUAAGUUCGAAGAGCUAAAGCAUGAAAAUGAGACAGCUGAAGGGUCAAAGUAUAUCAAGUUUGAAAGUGGAUUGUGUCCCGAGAUCAAGAUUUAUGAUGAGGACAACAAAGCCCGACCUGCUUACUAUAAAAUUCUUAGUGAGAAGAAAGGGAAAAAUCAGAAUCAUGGAAAACCGUAUAGUGCUCCAGUUGACAAAGGGAAGAAGAAGGCUUUAGAUGAGAACAAGCUAAGUGAGGGAGAGACUCUCGCUUCCAUUAAGUGCUUUAAGUGUGGGGUUGCAGGUCAUCGUGCAAAUGACAGCAAGAAUUCUAAGAGGAGAUGCUUUAAGUGUGGGAAGAUUGGACAUCUUAUCACUGAUUGUAAGAGGAUCUUGUUGACUUGCAUCAACUAUAGAGAACCAGGUCUUGUUAUUACUCAUUUUCAUAAACCCAAGAAGGUUCAGUGUGAAGGCAAAGUUUUUGCUUUGACUGGGUUAGAGACUACUAGCACAAAUAAAUUGAUUUGGGGUACGUGUUUUAUUACUGGUAUUUCGCUAAUUGCUAUUAUUGACAUGGGUGCAAUGCAUUCUUUUAUUUCUCUUGAGUGUGAUAGGAGGUUGAACCUAGAAUUUUCCUCUAUGGUCGGGAGUAUGAUCAUUGAUACUCUAGCUUUGGUUCCGAUAACUACUUCAUGGACUUGUUUUAAUUUCCCAUUGACUAUCUAUGGUAAGAAUUUUAUGAUGGAUCUAGUUUGUCUACCAUUGAAUAAAUUUAAUGUUAUCCUCAAAAUGAAUUGGUUGGAGUUCAACCGUGUUCAUAUCAAUUAUUUAGACAAGUCACUGUCAUUUCCAAAAUAUGAUGCAAGUGACGAGUUGUUUGUGUCUGCUAAGCACGUGGAUGAACUCAUGAAGAAUGAUGAUAAGGGGUUUAUGAUAUUAGAUUCUAUGAAGGAUGAAAGAAAACCUGUGAUUUGUGAAUUAAUAGUGGUGUGCAAUUUUCCAGAAGUGUUUCCAUAUGAUAUCAAUGAUUUGCCGCCGGAGCGCGAGGUUGAAUUUGCCAUAGACUUAGUACCUGAUACUAGUCAUGUAUUGAUGGCUCCUUAUGGAAUCUAUGCUUCUGAAUUGAGUGAGUUGAAGAAACAAUUAGAAGAAUUUCUUGAGAAAAAGUUUGUUUGA